GAGAGAGAGAGAGAAGCAAAGAAAGAGAAGCAGAGAGAGAGAGAGAGAGAGAGAGCGAGAGAGAGACUCUCCGUGUCCUGCUGAAGUCUGAAGUGAAUCCCUCUCGUUCCCGCGUCUCGGUUGGAUGCAGAGUGGACUGACUGGACGGCGGUCUGGACGAGUUUUUAUCGUCGCUUCUUUUCUUCGCUGUGAUUCAAAGAUGAUUUAAGAUUCACAGCAGCAUUCCUAUAAGCCUGUUUUACCACCAAGCUUUCUCCUGGUCAUCAUUGGGACAGAGGACAUCUACACUUGAGAUAAAAUGGCUGACACAGUGAAAACAUGCCAACACCUGCUCUUAGCUCUCACUCUACUUCCUCUGAUACUUUGCAUGCACCCCGACUGUGUCAUGGAACUAGAGAAAGAAAAAUGCAUGGAGAGGAUGGCAUUGGACGACCCAGGCAGCGACCCUGAAUAUGUGUGUCGCUGGAUGUGGGAUAACCUAACAUGCUGGCAACCAGCACGGAUAGGGGAGGAAGUGUGGAUGCCCUGCCCUGAACUGUUUCAGGUCAUGAGUGAGGAAUAUGAUGAGUUUGGAAAGGUGAGCCGGAACUGCACUGAGGAUGGCUGGUCAGACGUAUUCCCCCAUUAUAUGGAUGUGUGUCCCUUUGAUGAUAACAGGACCAGUCAUUUGGGCAAAUAUUAUGUUUCUGUGAAGGCUCUGUACACAGUGGGCUACAGCACCUCUUUGGUGUCUCUCACCACCGCCAUGGUUAUCCUCUGCUGGUUCAGGAAGCUGCACUGCACCAGGAACUUCAUCCAUAUGAAUCUGUUUGUGUCUUUUAUCCUGAGGGCAAUCUCCGUCUUCAUCAAAGAUGGAGUUCUGUAUGCAGAGGAAGAUGGCAACCACUGCUUUAUACAUACUGUGGAGUGUAAGGCGGUGAUGGUUUUUUUUCACUAUUGCGUUUUGUCAAACUACUUCUGGCUCUUCAUUGAGGGCCUGUAUCUCUUCACUCUGCUGGUGGAAACAUUUUUCCCUGAGAGGAGAUAUUUCUACUGGUACACCAUCAUCGGCUGGGGAACCCCCACAGUGUGUGUGACAGUCUGGGCAGUUCUUCGAGCCCAUUUUGAUGGUAUUGGAUGUUGGGACAUAAAUGACAAUGCUGCCAUCUGGUGGGUGAUAAAGGGACCAGUCAUUGCCUCUAUUAUGAUCAACUUUGUUCUCUUCAUUGGCAUCAUUAUAAUCCUUGUCCAGAAGUUGCAGUCUCCAGAUAUAGGAGGAAAUGAGUCCAGCAUUUACCUGCGUUUGGCCCGCUCCACUCUUCUGCUCAUCCCUCUCUUUGGUAUCCACUACACCGUGUUUGCCUUCACCCCAGAGGACGUCAGUAAGCGAGAGAGGCUCGUGUUUGAGCUUGGUCUGGGAUCUUUCCAGGGCUUUGUGGUCGCCGUGCUGUACUGCUUUCUUAAUGGAGAGGUGCAGUCAGAGAUCAAGAGAAAAUGGCGAAGCUGGACGGUGAACCGUUACUUUGCAGUGGACCUGAAGCACAGACACCCAUCCUUGGCCAGCAGCGGUGUCAACGGAGGCACACAGCUGUCCAUCCUGAGCAAGAGCAGCUCCCAGAUCCGCAUGUCCAGCCUGCAGGCCGAGACACCGGCAACAUGAGAGUCCGGCUCGCUGCUCAGACAGCUCAUACCGGUAGACACAAAACCAACCUCUUCAGACCUAGCGCUAUCAUAGUCCAAUUCCACAUCAAAGUUCUUUUUCAUCCUCACUUGUAUGAGCUCGGAUUGUGGCAAGCCAAACCUGCACUGGGCGGCUUUCAUCAGACCGGCCUGCACCUCAAGUGCUUUUGAACACAAGAAUGGUGAUCAAGGUGGUCAAGGAGCUUGCCGAAGCCUCCGUCUCUCAGCACAGAAAAACACAGACAUGGCUCAAAUCCCACGUCUUAUUGGAUCCGUAGAGCCACGAAGAUGUUGUAGUCAAGCCUCAACGAAGCUACAUUAGGUUACAUUGAUAAACUGAAACAGUUCUUUGGUGAUGACCCUCACAAAAGCUGUUAAAGAUGACCUGCCAAGGGACUGCUGACCGCCGUGCAAAUCAAUCAAAUGUGAACGAUCCACUCAGCCAUUAGGAAUGCUUUUAUCUAUGACACUGAGGGCUAUGAAAAGGAGAAAAGCAUUGAUGUUUCCUUGUAUAUAUCAUCACCACUUAAGUCUUAAUCAAUCAUGCAACAUCAGAAGGAGGAAUUUUUAAUAGUUUAAUGGAUCUAGACCCUCAUGUAAUACAAUGUGUACACUAACUCAGUACAAAUUGAUGGCCUGAACCAGAAGGACUAGUGGUUAUUCCAGUCUGUCUCCAUGCUAGGAGUUCAGGUGGUCUUUGACUUACCAUCGGUCACAGAACAAUAUGUAUAUGGAUGAAAGACCCCAGAAAAAUAGCUCUUUUUGACCUGAUCUCUGCUCUCCUUGCUGAAUGCCACAUCCACAUGUGAAUAUCCAUAAUGUUGCAUGUCAGUGAUGGACAUCAGGCAGCAAAUAAGUGUUUAAAAAUGCAGAAAUCCUAUGCCUGAGAGAGAUUUCACACAAUACGUGCCAUGCAUUGGUGCAACUUAGGCACUGUGGUUUUGAUAGUUAUUAAACUAAACAGAGGACACAAUCAUGUGCCCGGCACUGCCAAGAGCUUUGUCUGAUAAGUGUUAGGGAAAAGCACCUUAAAGCUUUCUCUUUAGUCUUUAAAGUGAAGUUUGACCAUCAUUUAAUGAACUGUGAAUGUGUAUGAUUGGUGAAUACAUCGGGAAGAACGGGACCUGUAUUGUUCUCUGAACAAACUGGGUGAAGCUAUGACCUCUUAUCCUUAGAGAUGAACAAAAAACAAAAGAUUUGCAAACCGACGACCAUUACAACGAGUACCUUAAAUUGUAGAGUUGCUUGUAUGUGAGCAGAUGCCUCUUGUGGUAUUUUUUAGGUGACUGGAUGUCUAGUUUUUUAAACAGCCGUUAUUACAGAAAAUGUCACUAAUGUCAAAGCAAACGAUGAGCAAAACACCUCAUGACUCUGUAUCAGGAGUUUGAGUUAGUAUCGUCUGCAUGAGCUUUUCUUCAGUUGGUUCUUUUCUUUACUUCUACAAACUCAUAUUUGACUAUUUGUAGAUACCAUUGCAGGGUUUACAGCUCCCUGCUGUUUUAUUAUGGGGAUUCAUCUGCAAUGAAUAGAAUCGCUGUCUAUGUGGAAUCUUUUGAAAAGUUGUGCUGUUCAUGUGGACCGAGUUAAUUUUGGAAGUGCCAUAUUUUUAGUAAUACAUUCUUUUUAAUAGUCAUUUUGUGGUUUGCCUGAUACUUUUGGAAUUACAUUAGAAUAUUUUCAUCGUUGUACCCAAGUAUUUAUUGACCACAUCCAUAUAACACAGGGCACUUUAAGUACUCCAAAGAUUUAUAUUUGGAUAUUUCCCAAUACAGCUGGUAUUGCCGUACUAGUUUGCAAAGGCUGAGGAAACUUUGCAACUGAUGUCAUUUCAGAUGUCCUUUAACUGGGGGUCCUCAAAAGGUGAUUUUAUCUUUAAAGUGCCUUUUUGCACAAAAGGAACAUAAUAUAGAUGGGAAACUAAUUUAAAUUCAACUGCAAACACAUGUGGAAGUGCUUUGCUUGUGCUUCACUAUGUAGACAUUUUCAAACCAAGAGGCCUUCAGAGACACUAGUUUUGUUUCUAAGCCUUCACUUAGACAUUUGACCUCUAAAAUGUGCAUUUUGAACUGCUUGUGGAUGUCUUUGAUAUGAAUAUUUGCCAAUUAGAUCACUACAUUUUUGAAUGUGUGAUGUUGAAUCAGUCAAGCAUAUCAAGGCAGCAUGAGUAAACUUUUUGAACCUUAGGCCUAAAAGUACUUUCCCUGUAUUAAUUUCAUUAUUUUUCCACGGCUGUCUCGAACAGCUUAAACACUUUAUAAGAUUUGUUUGAACGCCUAUACAUCCCAGUCCAUUGCCUUCUUUUUCAAACAGAAACUGCAAAACUAAAGAGAAGAAAAAGAUAAUAGUAAUACAAGAUGAAACAUAUGGAAUAAAGAUUGUAUGUUUUUGAUACGAUUACUCUCUAUUUCUGUGUAAAUUAAUAUAUAAUAGCCAUGUUUUAGAAUAUUGCUUGAUGUGGCAUCUGAGAAAUUUUGCAUUUUAAAAGAUGUCAGGUCAGUACAAAAUUAAAAUACUCAUAAACAUAUUUUAAUUUUUAUAUCAGUUCAACAAAUUUCAGACACUAACCAGUAGACUGUGUUCUGCACUGCGGGUAUUGACAGUGAUCCAUAAAAGUGCCGCAGUUUCUACAGGAAUUUGUUCCAUUCUUGUCUUAUAAGGCCUGAUUCUCUAAUUAAGUGGUUCAUAGCAAUAGUGAAACCUUGUGUUGCAGGAUUGGACCAUCUGCCUGUAGACUUUGUCACUAUAAAAAGCUUAAAUACCCCCAAAGGAAAUUCAGUUCACAUUUAAUUUGUGGAUAUAGCCAAACUAGCAGCCCCUGUCCUUUACAGUUCACCUGUGUUCAAAAUGAUUUGACUUUUAACUGAUAUUCCUGUAUCAUCUACAUGGUUCUGAAUGGGAAGCUCUUUUUAACUCUCACCAGCUACUGUUUGCUUUAAAGUCAUGCCACGAGUAACUGUCUCCUCUUGAUGUCGAUGUCAUAAUAACAAUAUUGUUCAAAUGAUACAUAGCAGAACCUAGAAAAGUAGUUAUAGUAUAUAUGUCAACGAGACGUGUACUGUUGUGGCCCAUUACAUGGUUAUGAAUUGUGCUGAAGUUGCAUCUAUUUAGUGCAAUACUAAGUAUUACGCUGCUGCAGCAGUAUCUAAUAUUUGUUGAACGUGGGUAGUUAUUUGAAUCCUUUCUGUGCUAAAAGAUCUUCUUGGUGGUAGUGUUGUUAAACUGUACAGCCUGCAGUAGUGCUGCCUAUAAUCUUGAAGCUGAUGCAUGCGUAUUCUGUGGUUUGGUGGUUUCCUCUGCAAACUAAACAUGUAGUUAAGUAUGUUGAUGUUUUGAAACAUGUCAGCUGGAAAAGCAGCUGUCGCAUUUGAAUCAAACAUGUGGAAAGAGCAGGUGGACAUCAUUGCACUCUUAAAAGUAAUGGUUCCUAAAUGGUUCUUGGCCUAGGAGUACACCUUCACACUAAAUCAAAGUUCUUUAAACUUUAAAAAGGUUCUUUAGAGUGGCAAAUGUGGUUCUUGUAUGCCAUUGGUCUAAGAACCUGUUUUUUUAAGAGUGUGGCAACUCCAGUAACUUACCUGUCUGUCUUAAAGGGAAUUUCACUUCUUUAUUUUUUAAAUUUCAGGAUAAUUACAUAGCUGAGAUGUAACAAAAUUCAUUCUGAGUGGUUUGAUGUGAUGUGAUUCAUUGUAGAGAAACUCACAGAUUUGUUUACAGUGGAGGUGAUAGGAACCAGGGGUUUCAAGAUCUACAACACAAAUGUGGUCAUUUUAUUCACUAUCCAAAAUGUGCAUCUUCUGAGUUUUUAUGGGAUAUAUUGAUAAUACCACAGUGGUAAUUUUAAACAUUUUUUCUUUGGGGACUAUUUUGUUCCACAACACAGUGUAUGUACCUCUCUAGCAUAGAUGGCUUGCAAAAAAAAGUUUUAGUUCAAAAUCAAAACCAUAAAACAGUGUCUCAGACAUCAGGCAGUGUACUCCAUUUGACCAUAACCAUUUCAUAUAAUAGCUUUGUGAGUUUUUCAGUGGCAUUAAACUCUUCAGAUGUCUGGUUCCCAUCACCAUCAUUGUGAAUUAUUUUGACUUGUUACAUUUCUCUAGAACCCAGAAUUUCACAUUAAACCCUAUGAAUAACUGUUCACAUCUUAACCAUGAAAUUAUGCAGAAAUUUGGAAAAAUCUGUGCAAUUUCUCUUUAACUGAGUUCACUUCACAUGGUCACCCUACAGACUGCAGCAGCCCGUGGCUCUUACCCUUCAGCUUCGUCUCUGCACCCACCACCGCAGAAUCCAUAUGCUGACACUUGCCAAACAAUUCAUUAAUGAUUCAUUAAGUACUGAGCACAGGGCUAUACAUGUACUACUGAGCUCAGCUCAGGUGUAUUGAUAACUGAGUCAUUUCAAAUCUGUAUUCAUAUCUUACACUACCUCAGUGAAGGCAGAUGUAAACCACAUUAAACCACAUCUCAAACAUCCAUCGUUGACAAAUGGAAACAUGCAAAAGAAGUGACAAUAAUGAAAAAAGUGGCACAUUGUACAGCUGAAAAUAGCACUGUUUCUUUUCUUUUCUCUUAAUUGUACAUUAAGACCGCAUUGUCAGUGAUACUUUGCGUGUGCUCAAACAUUGCUUACCUACAAAUGUUCCACUGCCUGGAUUUCAAACAGCAGAGCCUGAAUAAGCUAAGACAGCAAUUCUGGAGUCAAGCAAUGACUGGACUAUUCUUUCUGAAUGUAACUACAUGAGGAAAAAUCUACAGCUAAUCUUAUUCUUGCUGCUCUUGUGGACAAAAUAUCACUUAUUUCUUUCCUCCUUUUAUCUUUGGUCACUACUGCUAUGAAGUGUCUUUUUGUUUUGAUGUACGUUAGAUUUUCUUUUGUAUAUUUACAAAGUAUUACCUUUGAAUUGCAUUAAAUGUCUCUGAAACUGACACAA